AUGGGGAAGUUGGAAGAAUAUUUGAAGCAACGAGAGGAUAUUACCAACUACUUGGAGGCACUCGUACAAGUUCAUAAGGAGGCGUUAUCUGAUGGAUCAGAUGGUAAUCAAUUAGAUACAGUGCGGGAACACAUAUCUGUAUGUUUUUCUGAUCUUUUGAAGAUUAAUGAUAAGUUGAUUUCUCAUAAUGGUAUUUUAAAGAACGAGAUGUCAAAACUAAUCGAAGUCCGAGCAGAGGUAUUAGAACUUUCAACAAAAGAGAUAGAAUUACUUAAAGAGAAGCAUAUUUGGGAUUUUGAUAGUUCAGUACCCAAUAAGGUAUUGGAUAACCGUACAACGAAGUUUACCUUUGAAACCCAUUAUAGGGACGAUAUGAAUAAUUAUAUUGAAUUGGUUGGAAUUACAAACACUUCGCUUUCAAGGGACUACAAGGAAGAUAACCAUGGGAUAGAAGACAAUUUAUAUCAAAAAAAUACAUAUGAAGGAUCAGAUGAAAAUAAUAGUGUCUUAACAAGAGAUGACACUUUGAAAUGUAUGACUUACCUACACAAUGCAAGUAGUGCUGUAAACAAAGACAUUCAAGCUUUAGAAGGCAUUAUAAAAAAUAUGAAAAAGGAUCAAAACUUUCUUCAGGACGAAUUAAAAAUACAAACUAGUAAGAUAAGAACUAUCAAGAAAAGAAUUUUGAAUGAUAUUGAAACCAUUAAUAGAAGGACAGAAAAAAUUCUAAAGGAGAUCAAUCUGACAAUACCGAACCAGUCGGAAGUAAAAGAUAAAAAGUUGAUUAGUUUGGCCAAAGGUAAUUCUAUCAAUAAUCAAAUACAAUUGUCCCGCGAGAAAGUGGAACUCGAAAUAGAGUUCAUAGAUAUCAAAAAAGAUACAUUUGCUCAUAUGUUUAAAGAAUUAAAGAAUGAAACGUCCGGUUUAAAAUCGCAAAAUGAAUUAUGGAAGGAUUGUUUAGAAGAAGUCGUAUCUUUGGAGAAAAAGCUUAAAUAUAAGAUUUCAAGGAAAGGAUCAGGGCCAAUAAUACCAACUGAUCUAAUAAAAAUAAUUCAGACCUCUCUAAAUUAUCUUCAAGAACUUAUGAACUUAAACAAUAGUAAAGUGAUAUCUUCAAUAAUAGAAGAUGAAAAAGACACUUUAAUAAGGGCUUGCAAAGAAUUAAAGAAACAGUUACCAGUAAUAUAA